AUGGACAAAGUUGAGCGUCCGAUUCGGGUCAACCCAGCCACUAAAAACCUCCUUCUUGAAGCUGGAUAUGUCGACGUGGAGGAGAAGGUUGUCAAGAUUUAUCAUAAUCCCUGGAACCGCGGCGGUCAUGCGGAACAAACAGGUCGAUGGUUCAACCUAGGGCUUACGUUUGGUCUCGAAGGCCUAAGUUUAGCGCCGCUAACCCGGAUUCUGGGCAUGCGCGAGAGCGAGGUGAAGGAGCUUGUCGACAAAGUCAGACACGAAACUUGUCUAUUGAGGCAUCACGGGUAUUGCAAUCUCCACAUCUGGACGGCGCGGCGACCUGCCGAGUACACAGGGCCAACGGGCCAGUCUGCUGGAAGCGCCGGCGGUAGCAAUCAAGUCAACGAUAAUAGCAAGGGUGGUAGUAGCAAUGCCAAGAGCAGCCCGAUAGCGACGGGAAGCACCAGCGGCAGUGGGAAAAAUAGCCAAUAG